AAAAAAAAAAGGAUAAAAGAUAAAAGAAGCUAACCCCGACCACUUUUAUCUUAUUAACUCAUCACAAUUGAUUCUAUCUUUAUAACUAUUUCUUGGUGUCUGUUAUUGUCUUUAAAAUCCAUCCAUCUAGACAUCCCUCAGAACACACGCAUUAAUUCUCUAGCUCGCUUUCUCUUUAUCCACCACAAUAUUCUUCAUUUUCUCCGUCUUCGUCUACGAUGGUUUCAAGCGAGGUUGAAACCCUAGUUUACAACAGGAAGUUAUCGUCUGUGGUACCAGCUGGUGUAACCGAAGAAAACAUGGCUAAGGAACUUAGUUGCAUGGAUAUAGUAAUGAAACUUCAUUACUUAAGAGGAGUUUAUUUCUUCACAAGUAGUGCAGUUCAGGGUUUGAAUGCAACACUUUUUAAAGAACCCAUGUUUCGAUUGUUAGAGCUUUACUGCGCUACUUCAGGAAGAAUUCGGAAAUCGGAAACAGGACGACCGUUCAUCAAGUGUAACGAUAGUGGUGUUCGGAUCAUCGAAGCUAAAACUGAUAAAACCAUCGAUGAGUGGUUGGAGAUGCAGAAGGAUCAUUACUCUGUUGAUAAUCAUCUUGUGCCAAAUCAAGUUCUUGGUCCUCAAUUAGCGUUCUCACCUUUGGUUCUUAUACAGUUCACUUGGUUUAAAUGCGGAGGACUUUCAGUGGGGUUCAGCUGGACCCAUGUGCUGGGCGAUGCAUUCGCAGCUUCAAAUUUCAUCAACAUGUGGGGUGAAGGAACGGCAGGAAACCUACCAACCAAGUCACUGCAGCGCCAAUUACAAGUCCAACCCAAGCAAGCUGAUCAAAUACAACUAUCAGCCGAGGCAGAAGCACAACCACUAUCUGUCAGAAGGGUGGAACCAGUUGGAGAUCACUGGGUAGCUGCAAUUAGCUGCAGAAUGGAAACAUUUUCUUUCCAAAUAACAGCUUCACAAUUAGACGACCUACAGACAAAAGUAGCAAGUAAAAACCAGGCUGGCAAACUUCCACCGUUUGAAGCUCUUUCAGCUGUAAUUUGGCAAUGCAUCGCAAAAACAAGAGAAGAUGGAGAACCAAAUGUGAUCACCAUCUGCAGAGACGAUUUUCACAACAGAGAUGAAAAUGUUUUGAACAAUAAUCAGAUAUUAAGUAUAGUUAAUGCAGAUUUCUCCGUAAUUGAAGCUGAAGUAUCAGAACUGGCUGAAUUGAUCAUUAAGAAAUCAGUGGAAGAAAAAACCUUGGUUGAUAAAACAGUGGAAAAGGAUAAAGGGAUGUCCGACUUUUUAGUCUAUGGUGCAAAUCUGACAUUUGUUAAUUUAGAAGACGUUGGGCUUUAUGGGUUAGAGCUGAAUGGACACAAACCAACUUUUGCCAACUGUAGCAUCCAUGGAGUCGGCAGUGAGGGAGUGGUCUUAGUGCUUCCAGGACCGGAACCUGUUAAAGAAGGCAGUGGCAAAGGAAGGAUUGUUACUGUAACCCUUCAGGAAAAUCAACUCGCGCAACUUAGAGAAGAACUCGAAAAGAAAUGGGGUAUCAUCUAAGAAGGUGAGAAGAUUGGUAUCAUCUAAGAAGGUGAGAAGAUUGGUCUCACUUCAUAGCAGUUCAUCCGAGAGAAGAAUUAAAUUGCUAAUUAUAAUUAAUAUAUUAUUACGAAUGAUUUGCCUGAUUAAGGUUGUGUUUGUUUUCAUUCAGUGUAUUUUGGUCUCAUAAGUACUUCAUAGAGAUUGUUAUUCAGCGAGUCA